AGCGUGGGUCUAGGUGGCGUCUCCCCUCGCUGGGAUUAGCUGUCUUCUCUUUCAGCACUCCCUGAAUUCCAUUCCGCCUUUUACUUUUCGGCAGCGCUCUCCACACUCAGGACUUCCCAGUGACUUUGUAAGGCUGCAUUCAGACCCGCUAAAACAAGUCCCAAGUCGCGGAGCUGCACGGAGGGAGGACGCACGAGCGGAGGUCCCGAGGAGGUCGACGUUUGGCGUUCCCCUUAAGAAGAAAGCGCGGAAAGGGAUCCAAUUUUGUCUUCUUUUUUUAUUUCCUUCAUUUUUUUAACCUGUUGAUGAAGUCCCACGGGGUGUGGGACGCUGAGGAGCAGUCACGUUUCUCCACAUAGAAGUAAAAAGUCUGAAGAAAAAGGUGAACCGCUCCAGUGCAAGGGGGAGGUGAAGGACCUCAGUUUUUCCUUUUUCCCCCAGCAGUAGCAGCGUGUGCUGGGUUGGUGGAAAAUGGGCACUCCGACCACUUCUAGCCGUGGACUUACCUUCUGUUUAAUCCUCGCAUGUCAGCUGGUUUCUGUGACUCAGGCCUCCAAGGUGUGGGGUGAGGUCCCGCUCCCAGAAGAUUUAGAAGCAGAAAAGGAUGUCCAGGCGUCGCUGAGUUUACUGGACGAUGAUGAGGACUUUGCUGCUGAUGAAGCUUCAGGAGACCUGCCCAGUGCAGAGGAAGAUGGCAGCACACUCGAUCCUGACAGCACAAUUUAUUACAGAGCUCUUGUCAACUUCACCAACUCGGUGGUCUAUGGCCCUGAACUCGAGGACAUCUUCUCUCCAGAAUUUAAGGAGAUUUCUGAGGCAGUGAUGGAUACGCUGGAGUCAGAGUACAACAGGAUUCCUGGUGUCCAGACAGUCAACGUGGUCCUCAUUAAAAAGGUGAUAAGAGAGGAUGGCGUUGAUGUAUUUGUGGAAUUGGACGUUGGUUCGGAUUACAACAACAACGAAGAGCAGAUCCGCAGCGUGCUCUACAGUGUGGUGAAGGAGGGAGCCAUUGCUUCUUAUAUCACGUCUGUCCGGGGCUUUCAGUUCAGACGGCUCGGAAAAGUUGAAGCUCCGCCUUCAGUGGAACCUAUUGCAGUGCCAGUAACGCCCAGUAAAAGACCCUGCAUGGCAGAUGAGCACAGGUGUGGUGAUGGAACGUGCAUCCUGAUGGAGUACCUGUGUGACAACAGACCAGACUGCCAAGACAUGAGUGAUGAAAUCAGUUGUGAUGUGACAAAGUCCAUCACACCUCCCCCCAUCCCAACCACCACCGUAGCUGGGCCCACCCGGAUCCCUGGUGUGAUUUUACCUUGCAGAGUAGACCAAGCCACAUGCCAGAGCGGGGAGUGUAUCCCUCGAGACUACAUCUGUGACGGAGAGAGGGACUGCUUAGACGGAAGUGAUGAAUUCAGAUGCGGCACGCCGUCUCCCUGUGAGCCCAACGAGUUCAAGUGUAAAAAUGGUCGCUGCGCCCUUAAGCUUUGGCGUUGCGAUGGCGACAACGACUGUGAGGAUAGCUCUGAUGAAGCAGACUGCCCUACCAAGAGUCCUGAUGACAAGUGUGCUCCGGAGCAGUUUGAAUGCCUGACUGACCGCUCCUGCAUCCCAGCGAGUUACCAGUGUGAUGACGAGCCAGACUGUCCUGACCGCUCUGAUGAGUACGGCUGCUCUCCACCUUCCGUAACAAGCCCACCAGAAGAGUCCAUGCAGGCAGCACGGGGGUCGACGGUGACGUUCACCUGUCAGGCUGUUGGAGUUCCAACACCUAUCAUCUCCUGGAGACUGAACUGGGGACACAUUCCAUCCAGCAGCAGGAUUUCCAUGACCAACGAGAACGGCCGUGGUACUCUGACUAUUCGUGAUGUGAAAGAAUCUGACCAGGGGGCUUACACCUGCGAGGCUAUUAAUGCUAAAGGCCUUGUGUUUGGGAUCCCUGAUGGAGUGUUAACUCUCAUAUCCAAUCCAAACCCAGGCAACUGUCCUGAAGGUCACUUCAGCGUGAGCGGGCGCUGUUUGUCCUGCUUCUGCGCCGGAGUCACCAAGAACUGCAAGAGCACCGGCCGCUACCGCGAACAGAUCAGCCUCCGUUUCACGGAGGAGGAAAACUUCAAAGGAGUGAAUGUCACCUAUCCCUCCAGGCCAGUCACUCCUCCUCUGUCCUCCACCCAGCUCCUCAUUAACCCCGAGAUGGAGGAGUUCCAGCUCGUUGACCUGUCGCGUCGUUUCCUCAACCUCGACUCUUUCUGGACCUUACCUCGCCAGUUCCUGGGCAACAAAAUCGAUUCCUAUGGGGGAUCCCUGAAGUUUAAGGUGAGGUACACACUGGCCCGCGGCCUGUCGGAGCCUGUGGAGAGGUCCAAUGUGAUACUGGUUGGAAAUGGACGAAGGCUUGUUUACCGCAGAGGCAACGCCACCCCUCCCAAUGUGGUCAGCCUGAAGGAGAUCAAAUUCACUGAAGACAACUGGCAGCACUCCAACGGCCGCCCUGUGAGCCGGGAGGACCUGAUGAUGACACUGGCCAACCUGGACAGCAUCAGCAUCCGCACCAUCUACGACAACCACAUGGUCAGCGUAGCGCUCAGUGACAUCGUCAUGGAUACCACCACUGUGGAGUUCACCACUCUGGGUCAUGCCAAGGAUGUAGAGGAAUGCAGAUGUCCUGCUGGAUAUACAGGCCUGUCCUGUGAAACAUGCUCCUCUGGAUUUGAGCGCGUCCCUGGUGGCGUCUAUCUUGGCACCUGCGCUGGUUGUAACUGCAAUGGGCACGGAACGGCCUGCGAUCAAAUCAGCGGACACUGUCUGAGCUGCCAGCACAAUACAGAGGGUCCUCAGUGUGACAAGUGUCGCCCUGGCUACUUCGGCGACCCAACCCGAGGUCGUCCAGAUGACUGCAAGCCCUGCCCCUGCCCGUACGCUGAGACCUCUCGUCGGUUUUCUGACACCUGCUUCCUGAACAUCGAUCAACAGCCAACAUGUGAUGCCUGCAGGCCCGGCUACACAGGAAGACGCUGUGAAAAAUGUGCUCCAGGUUACCAGGGCAACCCCCUCCUUCCUAAUGGAAAAUGCAUUCCUGACCAAGGCAACUCUAAAUGUGAUAACAGAGGAACUGUCAGCUCCAGCAGCAGCCCGUGCAGCUGCAAGAACAACGUGGCAGGCGCUCAGUGCGACGAGUGCAAGGCCGGCUUCUUCCACCUAUCCGAGGCCAACCCUGAAGGCUGCCUGCGCUGCUUCUGCAUGGGCGUCACCAAACAGUGCGCCAGCUCCAGUUGGAGCAGAGACCAGGUGCGAGGAGGUGUGAACGGGCAGCUCUUCUCCCUCUCCAACAGCGCCAACACUAAAACAAUCUCUGAUGGCAUCUCCCAGAGGGGCUUUUCAGAAGUUACCUAUCGCUCCUUCUCAAGUGUCCCCAAUGAUGUCUACUUCUGGGUGCUGCCCGGGAACUUCAGGGGAGAUAAGGUGACGGCCUAUGGUGGGGAGCUUCGCUACACGUUGCGCUUCGAACCAAAUCAGCGCUCACUGGUGACUGACGGUCAGCCCGAUGUUGUUCUCCAAGGCAACGGCAUUUUCCUGGAACACUUCUCGCAGACAAAGCCCCUCCCACGUGUGCCACAAACUGUGACUGUGACCUUCAGAGAGUCUGCCUGGCGUAGAGCCGACCGGCAGCCGUGUACUCGUGAGCACCUGCUGAUGGCCCUGGCUGACGUCGCUGUCCUCAUGAUCAGAGCCACCUAUGCAGACAGCAUGGCAGAGAGCAGCAUUUCAGAUAUCAAGAUGGAUAUUGCAGUGCCUCACUCCACUGGUAAUGAGCGUGCUCUGGAGGUGGAGGAGUGCACCUGCCCUCAGGGAUACAGAGGACCGUCCUGCCAGGAAUGCGAUGAAGGUUACACCCGGACCACCUCUGGCCUUUACCUGGGCACAUGUGAGAGGUGUGAUUGCAACGGCCACGCCAGCGGCUGUGACCCGGACACCGGCAGGUGUCUGCAAUGUCUUCAUAACACUGCUGGGUCGAGAUGUGAGCGCUGUCAGCCUGGUUUCUAUGGCGACCCUGUAACGGGUGGUUCUCAGGCCUGUCAGCCCUGCCCCUGUCCUGGAAUCACUUCCAGCAACCAAUUCUCUUCAACCUGCUUUCUGGACUCUGACGGUCAGCCAACUUGUGACAAUUGUCCUCCUGGAUUCACCGGCCGGCGCUGCGAAAGAUGUGCUCCUGGAUACACUGGCAACCCACGGCUUGGGCAAAGUUGCACUGUUGGCAAUGAAGUCAAUGGUAAUUGCUAUAACUGUGACAACAAAGGAAGCGACGGCUGCCAUGGUGGUGUGUGCCACUGCAAGAGAAAAGUUGAGGGCCCGUCUUGCUCCACCUGUAAGCCUGGGGCCUUCAAUCUUCAACAGAGGAACAAAGAUGGCUGCACAUCCUGUUUCUGUAUGGGUGUCACUCAGCAGUGCUCCAGCUCUACGUACUAUAGAGACACGGUGUCCUCAGUCUUUACGCCAGGAAACUUCCAGGGAUUUGCUCUGGUGAACCGCCAGCGAACCAAUCGCAUUUCUACUGGUUUCACGGUGGAGGUUUCCACUGAAGGCACUCAGCUGUCCUACAGCAACUUCGACAACCUGGGACAGGAGACUCACUUCUGGCAGCUUCCAGGGGUUUACCAGGGAGACAAGGUUGGUUCGUAUGGUGGUAAACUUAAAUACACCAUCUCCUACGUACCUGGUUUCGUUGGAGGAUCGUCAAUCGAUGAAGUUGAUGUCCAGAUUAUCGGUAAUGACAUCACCUUGAUAGCCAUGCACCCAUGGGAGAGGACAAAUGUGGGCAGAAAGACCAACAGUUAUGAGUUUAUCUUCAAAGAGGAACAUUGGCGCCGGACUGACGGCAUGCCUGCCAACCGAGAGCACCUGAUGAUGGUUUUGGCUGAUCUCGACGAUAUCCUGAUUCGAGCUACCUACUCUACUGAAAUGCUCUCCUCCAGCAUCUAUGACGUCAGCAUUGAAAUCGCUGUGCCUAACUACACCGGCUUGGCGCAGGCCGUCGAGGUGGAGCAGUGCCGCUGCCCACCUGGGUACCAGGGGCUCUCCUGCCAGGAUUGUUCAUCUGGAUACACUCGUACAGUAGGAGGCUUAUACCUGGGACACUGUGAGCUCUGUGAGUGCAACGGCCACUCCGACUCCUGCCACCCUGAGACCGGGAUCUGCACGAGCUGCCUGCAUAACACACAGGGGGAGCUGUGCGAGCAGUGUGCCCCCGGCUUCUUUGGCGAUCCAACUGUUGGUACUCCAGAGGACUGCCAGCCAUGCGCCUGCCCUCACACUGACCCAGACAACCAGUUUUCUCCGACCUGCGAGAGCCUUGGUAAUGGGGGCUACCAGUGUAGUGCUUGUCAGCCUGGAUACACCGGCCAGUACUGUGAACGCUGUGCUCCUGGAUAUGUCGGCAACCCACAGGCGAGAGUGAAGUGUCGUCCGAGUGAUGCGACUGCAGCCUCCCUGGUGGUGAAAGUUUAUCCAGAGAGGUUUGUGACGUUAGAGGGCAGCGUCGUCACUCUGCGCUGCCAAGUGUCCGGAUUUCCUCCACACUACUUCUACUGGUCCAGAGAGGACGGGCGGCCCAUCUCCACCAGUGCUGAGCGACGCUACGAAGGAGCAGAGCUGCACUUCCCCAGCGUCCAGCCGAGCGAUGCCGGCGUGUAUAUCUGCACCUGCCGCGACCAGCGCAGCACCAACAGGAGCCAUGCUGAAAUUGUUGUCAGAGGUGGCUCAUCUAAACCCAUUGAGGUCACAGUCGAGGAGCCUAAAUCUCAGACUGUCCGGGUCGGGUCUACUGUCAGCUUUAUCUGCACCGCGAAGAGCAAGUCGCCAGCUUAUACCCUGGUAUGGACCCGAACUGGUAAUGGGAAACUUCCCAACCGGGCCAUGGACUUCAACGGCAUCCUGACAAUCCAGAAUGUCCAGCCCGAGGAUGCAGGCAUCUACGUUUGCACGGGCUCCAACAUGUUCGCCAUGGACGAGGGCAAAGCCAUCCUCUACGUGCCAGAGGCCUCACAGACUCAGAUGUUUUACACAGCCUAUGAAAUGUUUGAAGGACACAGAAAGCCUGCAGAGGGGGCCCAGCCUGUGGCCACCAUCACUCCCUCAGUCCUGAACGUCCAGCAGGGCCAGCGAGCAGAGUUUCGCUGCACUGCGACUGGAAACCCAACCCCAGCCAUCGAAUGGAUCGGAGGUCCAGGGAACAGAAUGAGUCCCAGGGCUGUCAUACGAGGUGGUCUUCUGACGUUAACAGCGGUGGACUCGGCCGACGAGGGAGACUACACCUGCAAGGCCUUGAACACUCAUGGCGAGCACACAGCGAGGGCUUCAAUUUUUGUCCAAAAAUCCAACCCAAGUGGCCUAGGCACCCAACCCCAAGUCCAAGUCAGUCCCCAAAAUGUUGAGGUCCAUGAAGGCGAGACCUUGAGGUUGUACUGCAGAGCGUCAGGCUCACCCACUCCAAAGCUCACCUGGCUGAAAAACGGAGGACAAAUCCCUCCACAGGCCAUUCCCUCUCACGGUUUCCAUCAGUUUAAAAGCAACAGUCUCGAUGUGUUACAGAGACGUAUUGAGGAGCUGCAGGCCCGGAUGGACCGCACCGACAUCGGUACCCUGCUGAUCCCUAACAUCAAGAUGUCCGACUCCGGCACUUACAUGUGCAUUGGCAGCAACAGCAUCGGCUCGAGCAGCGCUCCCAUUAAAGUCAAUGUGCUCAAAACAGCCGAUCAAAGCGCUGCACUCAUCAGCAUCCAGCCUUCGCUAGCUGAUGUCCAGGAGGGCGAGAGCCUGGAUCUCAACUGUUUUGCUCAUGGAGAUCCUCCACCAAGAGUCACUUGGACAAGAGCCAGUGGACGCCUCUCUUCCAACCACCAGGUUCUGGGCAGUCGGCUGCGCAUCUUGUCGGCUACUCCAGAUGACUCGGGAGAGUACAUCUGUCGAGUACAGAGUAAUCAUGGCGACCCUGGGAACUCGGGCUCUCAUGUCCAUCAGGCCUCCGUCUCUGUGUCUGUCACUUCAACCUCCAUAGGCCCACAGAGCCCAAUCAUCGGCAUUGAGCCCCACAGCGCUGCAGUUCGAGUGGGGGAGUCGGCCAGCUUCCGAUGCAGUGUGUACCGAGGAGCCCAGCCGGUCAGACUGGAGUGGAAACUAGCCAACAACCAGCCGCUGCCAGAUAAUGCCAAGGUUGGCCCUGAUGGUACUGUAAUUACCAUCACCAAUGUUCGCCCUAUGAACCAUGGUGCCUACCGCUGUGUGGCGAGCAACCUGUUCGGAAUCACACACAGCAUAGUGUCUUUGAUUGUUAAAGAGUCUCCUGUGGCCAGAGUCACCCCUGUUGGUCCUGUGCGGGUCAGAGUCGGGGAACCCGUUAACCUGGAAUGCCAAGCUUCAGGAGAGCCUCGCCCGUCAGUCUCAUGGCACAGGCUGGAUAACAACCGUAAGGUGAUUCUGAGCAGUCCGGUGCCCAUGGACUCCAACGCCGUCAUGCAGAUUCUUGUUGCACGUCCGGAAGACAGUGGCACAUAUGUGUGCACAGCACGCAACAUUGAGGGCACGACUGAAACCAGAAUAGAGGUCAAAGUUGAGGGAGGACCCCAAGUACCUACACCUCCACGGGCCUCUGUUCCUGAGCCACUGAUGGUUGUGGUAGAGGGCCAGACUGUCACACUGCGCUGUGAGGCCCAUGGAUUCCCCUCUCCAACGAUUAGCUGGUCCAAGCUGCGCUCCCCUCUGCCUUGGAGACACAAGGUGAUCAACAACAACCUGGUGCUGCCCGGCGUCGGCAGGCAGGACUCUGGGGAGUACAUCUGCAGUGCCACAAACAAUAUGGGCACCACGGAAGUCACCAUCACGCUGGAUGUGGAGACUCCUCCUUAUGCCACUUCUGUACCUGAUGAUGUGGCUGUGCGGGUUGGCGAGGUGGUCAGGUUGCAGUGCCUGGCCCAUGGCACCCCCCCUCUGACCUACACCUGGUCUAAACUUGACGGAAACCUCUCUCCAAGAGCUGAGGUAAAUGGAGGAGAUCUCCAGAUCAAUCUGGCUACCGCUGAGGAUGCUGGGAACUACAAGUGUGUGGCCAGCAACAAAGUGGGCAACAGUGAGGUGGUAGCUAAAGUCACUGUCAGAUCCCCGUUGGCAGUGCGUGUUGCCCCUCAGGUUGAGGUGAAAGCCCAGGGCAGCGCUGUCGAGUUCACCUGUUCUGCUGCAGGUGGUGUAGAAACAAAGAUUGAGUGGCUCAAGGAAGGAGGAGCCCUGCCACCAAACCACCACAUCAAGGAUGGAGUGCUCAGGAUUGAGAACCUGGAGCGGAGCAAUGAAGGUGUUUACAUCUGCAGAGCAAGCAGUGUGUAUGGUCAAGCACAGGACACUGCCAGGCUGACCAUCCAAGCCCUGCCAAAGGUAAUGAUUAACGUACGUACCUCGGUGCAGACUGUGAUGACUGGGAACUCUGUGGAGUUUGAGUGCCAGGCUGUUGGUGACCCUGAGCCCACAGUCCAGUGGAGUAAAGUUGGCGGCUCUCUGCCGGCCCACAUCAUGGUGAAAGGCGGCAUGCUGAGGAUCGAUCAGGUGACGGAGACCGAUGCCGGCCAGUACCGCUGCACGGCCACCAACGACGUGGGUUCGGUUCAGUCUCAAGUGGUCCUCAACAUCCAGUCUCUUCCUCAAAUUGCUGCACUGCCUGCACAAACGGAGGUGACGAUUGGGUCUGAUGCAGUCUUGUCCUGUGUGGCCUCAGGAUAUCCUAUGCCUGAAAUUAAAUGGUCAAAGAUGGAAGGAGAGUAUGCUCCUAAGUGUUUCCAAGAGGCCAACCUGUUUACAGUUCCACGGAUCUCCCAUGAGGAUUCUGGCACAUAUAUCUGCACCGCCUCUAACAAACACGGCAAAGUGGAAGCCUUCACUAAACUCGAAGUCCACGAGAGAGUGAUGCCAUACUUUGCCCAGGAACCAUUAUCGUACCUCACCCUGCCCACCAUCAAAAAUGCCUACAAAGCUUUCAGCUUGAAGAUCAACUUCAGGCCUGAUAACGUUGACGGUCUCAUAAUCUACGCUGGCAUGAUCCUCUUCAAUGGACAGAAGAGGACAACAGGAGCUGAUUUUAUCUCUCUGGGACUAGUAGGCGGCCGCUUGGAGUUUAGGUUUGACGUGGGCUCCGGCAUGGCCACCAUACGUGAUCCUAACCCCAUUAAACUGGGAGAGUUCCACACAGUCGAGCUGUAUCGCAACCUCACCCAGGGGCAUAUCAUUGUAGACAGAGGGGAGCCCAUCACUGGCAGCUCACAGGGCAAGUUCCAAGGCCUUGACUUGAAUGAGGAGCUUUAUGUGGGUGGAUACCCCAACUACACAGUCCUCGCUAAAACUGCUGGCAUUAAGACUGGUUUUGUGGGUUGUAUCCGUCAGCUGGUCAUCCAGAGAGAAGAAGUCAUCUUUAAAGACCUGGACCGCAGCUCUACUGGUGUCACAAACUGCCCCACCUGCAAAGAUCACCCAUGCCAGAAUGGAGGGAGGUGUGAGGAUUCAGAGGCUAGCUUGUAUAAGUGCAGCUGCCUCAGAGGAUUUACAGGCAGUAACUGCCAGCACCACUCGUCUCUGCAUUGCCACCCAGAGGCCUGCGGACCAGACGCUACUUGCAUCAACCGCCCCAGUGGCCUGGGCUAUGACUGCCGCUGCCAUCUUGGCAAAUUUGGAAAUAAAUGCAUGGACGGGGAACUGGUGGCAACGCCACUGUUUGAUGGUGAGGAGUCAUACAUAGCUUAUCCUCCCCUGACCAACAUCCACGAUGAUCUUCGUGUGGAACUGGAGUUUAAGCCUCUGGAGAGAAAUGGCCUAAUGUUCUUCUGUGGAGGCAAAAAAAUGAAGGUGGAGGACUUUGUGUCAAUUUCCAUGAAGGAGGGACACGUGGAGUUCAGAUAUGAACUGGGCACUGGACAGGCAAUCCUUCUCAGUCCCGAGCCAGUCUCUCUGGGCCAGUGGCACAGAGUUGUGGCCGAGCGAAACAAGAAAGCUGGCCACCUCAGGGUGGACCAAGGCCCCGUGGAGAGGAGGACAUCUCCAGGAAAAGCCCAGGGCCUCAAUAUCCACACCCUUAUGUACUUGGGAGGAGUUCCUAAUAUAAACAUCCUGCCAAAGCCUGCUAAUGUCAGUGACAUGUUUGAGGGCUGUAUCGGAGAGGUUUCCAUCAACAACAAGAAGGUGGAUUUGUCCUACAGCUUCACGGAGAGCAAAUCCAUUAGCAAAUGUGUGGACAGCAGCCCCUGUGACCGCCGGCCCUGUCUGAACGGGGGCGACUGCAUGUCUAGUGCUGAAUAUGAGUACCAGUGCCUCUGUAAGGAUGGAUUUGAAGGUGAGCGCUGUGAGGUGGUCAAAGACGUGUGCCAGGCCAACUAUCAGUGCCAAAAUGGUGGCAGCUGUGUCAAAGGCCAGUGUGUGUGUACACCUGGGCACACAGGUCUCAACUGUGAGGAAGGCCAGGUGCUCAACCCCGAGGCCCCGUGGAAUUCAGAAGCUAGCGAGGCAAAUGAUUCACCCUAUCAGUAUGCAGCUCAGUUCCGCAAUAAUGGAUUCAUUGCCCUUCCUAAAUCUGUAUUCCCAAGAAGUGCCCAUGAUUCACCAGAGACGAUUGAAAUGGAAAUCAACACCAGUUCCUCUGAAGGCCUGAUCCUGUGGCAGGGAGUGGAGACCCAUGGUGCACACAAUUUGCGAAAGGUGCAUGCUAGUAAAAAGGAACCUGGAGAAAAUGGCAAAGGCCAAGACUUCAUCAGCCUUGGCCUUCGGAAUGGACACCUAGUUUUCAGUUACCAGCUGGGCAGCGGGGAGGCAAAAAUCUUAUCCCGAAGGUCUAUCAAUGAUGGAAGAUGGCAUAAGAUAACAGCAGUCAGAACUGGAAAAAAUGGAUAUAUCCAGAUUGAUGGAGGAGAAAUGCUACAUGGACAGUCUAAAGGCAAAAGCCUCAUGGUCAACACCAAAGGCCGUUUAUACCUCGGUGGAGCACCUGACAUGACUGCAAUGACGGGAGGGAAGUUUUUGUCAGGAAUGACGGGCUGUGUGAGGAACCUGACACUGAUGAACGCUCGGCCAGGACAGCAGCCAGCCCAGGCCAUCGACCUGCAAGCGUACGCUGCCCACGGCAUCAACGUUUUACCCUGCUCUUCGUAGACAUACAUACACAAACACACGCCGAAACACACAGAGAGAGACUAUGGAAGGAUGUCACACACACACACAGAGACUUACACACAUAGAGCCUGAUACAAACUUGGUGCUUUGCUGCUACCAAAAAAAAAAAGAAAAAAAGAAUUAAACCAUGACUCAAAAUGACGCUUUUCUCUGUGUGCGGUAAAACCAAAAAGAAAGAAACAUUUUAACGAUGUUAGCAAGUCUUCUCCUCCUCAGUGUUGUAUUCUGAAUGAAGGAUUAUAAACAAAGGACAGACAUUUUUCAUACUUCCAGCUGUAGUUUUAGCCACGAGAAGAUUAAGAGUAAAGCAUAUUAGGCCUUCUACGAUGGGUCAGAUCCUAUGGAGUUGGAGAGGUUUUUACAGCACUGAAUUUUUAUUUAUAUACAUAUGAAUAUAUAUAUUAUAUUUGUGGGGGGAAAACAUGCAAUCUAACCAUACAAAUGCUCUUUAACUUUCCUAGAGUUUUUCUGAGUCCUAAUUCUGUGUCUAAGGCUUUUUAAAGGCUUAACUGUGUUAAUACUUGAAGACGUUUAGGUCUUCUUCUUUCUUCACUUCCUUAGAGAAAUCUUUCUCUUUUUUUGCGAGCAUGCUUGAAGUCUUUAACAAACUUUUGGGAGAGGAGUGCACACGGUCACAGUCACAUGCAGCUUCAGUACACAACUCAGGAUGUCAAAUACAAAUGAAUAACGGCAAAUAUUACAAGUACUGCUGCUUUAACUCAGCGUAUUUCUGCUUUACACCGCACUGUUGUGUCUUCUCUGUCUGUAUUUGUUCUUUUUUAUGAAAAGAAAGAAACUUUGGUGCUAAUGUCAGACAUGAAGAUACAGCAUAUAGUUAUAGGAAAUCCUGUCUAUCACUCAUAGAGGUCUUUUUAUUAGUAAUUUGGUUACAUUCAUAGAUGAAAAAAUAAAAAAUAGUCUUUUGUUGAUAUUAAUAACUUUUGAGCUUGAUUUGAUUAUGAUCUGGAAUAGUUUGUUUCCACCACAGCCUUAUGUGAUUGAGUAGAUCUCAAAAAGGAGUUAAGAACUGAAAAGGGUGUAAUUUUCUUAUGUGUGCUUGUUAAAAAAUGAUUUUAUGUUUGAAACUAUCUGCCAGUCAGGUAGAUAACUGUAUCAAUUGAGAAAGAGCGUGUAUACAAAGUAGAUUUGUUGGUUGUAUGUUUUUUUUUUAGCCCUGUUUGUUUCUCACUGGUCACUCCACAUUAAUUAAGCCCCACCAAGAGUCAUAUGUGUGUGUGUGUGUGUCUCUGUGUGUGUCAUUAUCCAUAUCCUCAGGAGGGUCAGUCCAGAACUGCCUCAAGUUUUAACUUAAAUUCAGGUUUGGUAGCUUUAGAGACACCUCACUAAGCUAUACAGCUCUGAAGGCUCUGUUGUUCUGCAGGUUGUUUUCUCUGCAGAAGCAGAUUCGCCUGCAGCAGCAGCACGAAGUCGGAUUUGUGUUUGUGUAGGGAUGCAGUGGAAGCCUCCUGCAGGUGCUGUGAUCAGUAGUGCAGCUCCAAUAAAGCAUGCUCGCCCACUUGUAGUCGACCACACAGCAAACCACAUUGGCAUCAUCAUAUUGGGGUUCACAAACUUUUUUUUUUCUUUUUAUUUUCCCCCUUUUCUAACAUUUAUUUAGCUUAAGAUAUCACCAGUAAUAUCCUAAAAAUGAGCACUGUCUUCUCACUUCCAGCUGCUUCAAUUUUAUUUCAUGCUUUUUGUUUUCCUUUUACUCCUUUUCACUGCUUUUGUUUCAACAUUUGAUUCUGCUAUUUUAGAGAUAAAGACAGAAGCUUGCUAUUUUCUCUUCUGCGGUUAAUGUGUAAUCCCUCCCACACCCCAUAGGUUUUUUUUUCCCUUCAUGUUUGAGUUUGAUCAGUCAGUAAGUUCUUCAAAAAGAAAAAAACCCAAAUCGAAUUCCAUUAAAUGUUGGUUACAGCUGCCUGGUCAAACAGAUGAAAACUGGUCUUAUUGUUCACUCAAUGAUAAAAGUCUUACAGGCUCUGAAUGCUGAACAGCGUCAGUGUGAACACGUGGACUCUGGAGAGGAAAAUGCUUCGGUUUGAGUUGAGACACUAAAGCAGAGGAUGAUCGUGUUUGUGCCCUUUGUUGGGUGCGCUCCAUGCAUUGGCUUUUAAACUGGAUUGUCACAUCUAAACUUUCACCAAAUACACAUUUAAAAGAUGCACGUUUUGCAGCGAUGGAAAUUUUUUUCUCAUUUAGCUUUUUUUAUUUCUGAAUGGCAGAUAAAAGUAAACAAAACCCUGCAAGCUGACUUAAAGUGUACUGGAUGAAAAUUGUCCAUGUCAGAAUGAGCUGACUGUUCCACGGUUGGAAAGAUGCUCUCCCUUUGCCCUCGCUGUUUCCUAAAUAAAGACAAAAUUCUUGUGCUA